AUGUCUUCAUCCUUUGACUUCGUCGUUAUUGGAGGCGGUACCUCCGGCCUCGUUGUCGCAACUCGUCUGUCAGAGGUCCAUCAGUUCCGUAUUCUUGUGCUGGAAGCAGGAGACGAUCAUACCAACGAUCCUCGUGUGAAUAUUCCAGCUAUGUGGGAAUCUUUGUUUGGUUCAGAAGCUGAUUGGUGCUUCAACACCGUGCCACAGGCAGGUCUGAAUAAUCGACCUGUCACGGUCAACCAAGGCAAGGCGCUAGGCGGCUCAAGCGCUAUGAAUGCCCAGAUCUUUGUUCCUCCCACCAAGGCAAAUUUCGAUGCUUGGGAAACACUCGGAAACGAAGGCUGGGAUUGGGAUAUGCUCCAGAUGAAUAUGACCAAGGCCUACACCCAUCCCCCAGUGAAGGUGGAGCUGGAGGCAGCGCUCGGUGUAGACGGAUGGGCGGCCAAGAACGACGCAGCUAAAGGACCGAUUCAGACCUCUUUCCCAAAGGUUGCUGUCCACAAAGCCUGGGCCAAUACAAUGAAAAACCUUGGGUAUUCUAUGGCUAAUGAUCCUUUUCUGGGUGCAGCAAGCGGAUCAUUUAGUACUCUUCAUUCUGUUAACCCAAUAACGAAGGAGAGAAGCUAUUCUGCCUCAGCAUACUACCAGCCAUGCAAAAAAAGCGAGAAUCUCGUGGUACUAACUGGCGCACAUGCAGACAAAAUUCUUUUCGAUCGGGAGGGAGGAAUCAAAGCAAAUGGUAUUCAGUACACUCACAACGGCAUCACCCAGACUGUUUCAGCCACGAAAGAAGUCGUGCUUGCAGCGGGCACUUUCCAAUCACCCAAGAUUCUGGAACUUUCAGGAAUUGGAGACGCCCAAAUCCUCGCCAGGCAUGGUAUCGAAUCUAUUUGCCAUCUUCCAGGGGUUGGCGAGAAUCUCCAGGACCAUCUCGCCUGUGGCAUUGCAUAUGAAGCUGUUGAUUCAUUAGAAACGUUAGAUACGUUGGUGAGACAGGAGCCGGAGGCCAUCAACCAGGCGAUACAGGUGUACACAACCAGCAAAUCAGGGCCCCUUACCAGCGUCGGCAUCGAAACUUACGCCUAUCUCCCAAUAUUGGACAGGGUGUCUCAAGAAAGUUCCGGCUACAAGAGACUUAGAAAGCUCCUCGACGACAACAUCCCUCCUGAAUCGGAUCAACGGGCUUCUGCCCUUCACUCAGUCGUCCGCCGGACGCUGCUGGAUCCGAAGGCACCCUCUGCAGUGUAUAUGACAAUGCGAGGCCAAAACCCUCAUCCUGUUGACCUGACGUGGUCCCCAGACUCCCCAGCUGGCCCAGUGCCGGGAAAAUUCUUGACCAUCGCGACAGUUCUCUCUCAGCCUCUAUCCCUAGGCACCACCCACAUCCGGAGCAACAACCCUACAGAUGACCCCAUCAUCGACCCGGCCUAUCUCUCCAACCCUGUCGACGCUGAGGUGAUGGCAGCACACAUGCUGCAGAUUGAACAAAUCGCCGCAUGUGAGCCUCUCUCAAGCACGUUCUUGAAACAGCCGUUGCGGCGCCGCGACCCAGCGUCGGACUUCAAUGGUGACUUGGAGAAAGCGGAGCGGUUUGCACGGACGAGCAGCAUAUCGAUGUGGCACCCCGCGGGCACGUGCGCAAUGCUGCCGCUGGACAAGAAGGGCGUCGUGGAUAGUGCCUUGCGGCUGCAUGGCGUUAAUGGCGUACGUGUGGUGGAUGCAAGUGUGAUGCCCCUGAUCAGUAAUGCAAACUUGCAGGCUGUGGUGUAUGGUAUCGCAGAGCAUGCGGCGGAGUUGAUAAAGGCUACCUGGGCAACAUGA